CAGUUAGAGAGUUAAAUAGCCAGGGGUCAAGGAAUCCAUAAGUUUAUGUCAAACAUUUAGUUUUUUUAAUGUGAUAUUUACAGUGAUCAAUGACAAGGGUGAUUUGCUUGGUUUUCCUAAACGUCGUUUGGUAAAGUUGUGCAGGGGAGUGCUUUAUUAGGGCUGACCAUUCGGAUCUUAUGCAGAACCGUGAAAUGCUGUACUGUACUUUCUCUCUAGGCUAGAAAUCGUGAAGCAUGGGUGACUGGAGCUUUCUUGGACGGCUCUUGGAGAAUGCACAGGAACACUCGACCGUGAUCGGCAAAGUCUGGCUGACAGUACUCUUCAUUUUUAGGAUUCUGGUGUUGGGAGCUGCGGCUGAGGAGGUCUGGGGUGACGAGCAGUCGGACUUCACUUGCAACACGCAGCAACCCGGUUGCGAGAACGUCUGCUACGACGAGGCCUUCCCCAUUUCCCACAUCCGCUUCUGGGUGCUCCAAAUCAUCUUCGUGUCCACGCCGACGCUCAUCUACCUGGGCCAUGUCCUGCACAUCGUUCGAAUGGAAGAGAAGCGCAAAGAGCGUGAGGAGGAGCUGCGAAAGGCCAGUCGGCUCCAGGAUGAGAAAGAACUCCUGUAUAGAAAUGGAGGGGGAGGGGAGUCUGGUGGACGGGGUGGGGGCGGCGGCGGCAAAAAGGAGAAGCCGCCAAUCAGAGACGAGCAUGGCAAAAUUCGUAUUAGAGGUGCCUUGUUGCGCACCUACGUGUUCAACAUCAUUUUCAAGACCCUGUUUGAAGUGGGGUUCAUUUUAGGUCAGUAUUUCCUCUAUGGUUUCAAGUUGCGGCCCCUGUAUAAGUGUGCGCGGUGGCCCUGUCCCAACACGGUGGACUGCUUCAUUUCCCGGCCCACGGAAAAGACCAUCUUCAUCAUAUUUAUGCUUGUGGUGGCUUGCGUGUCCCUUUUGCUGAAUUUGUUAGAAAUCUAUCACCUCGGAUGGAAGAAGGUCAAACAGGGCAUGACCAACGAGUUUGCCCCCGACCGCGAGUCGCUGCCAGACGCAGACGAAGCGGAGGCCGAGUCAUUUAGAACUGCGCCUGCCACCCUCAGCUACCCGCCAGACUACACGGAGGUGGCAGUGGGUGGCGGGGCGUUCCUCCAGCCUGUGUCGGCGCCCUCGACGGCCGAGUUCAAGAUGGACCCUCUACGUGAGGAGCUGGAGGAGUCCUCGCCGUUCUACAUAAGCAACAACAACCACAGGCUGGCUGCCGAGCAGAACUGGGCCAACCUGGCCACUGAGCAGCAGACUCGGGAGAUGAACGCCGCCUCUCCCUCCCCUUCCUCCUCCUCAUCUCGCUCCUCCAAUAAUGGGCGGCAAGCCAAAGAAGCCUGUCGGCAGGCUGGCGCCCCCACCUCCCCUGGCGGUGGUUCGAGCACCGGGCCAGAGGAGGGGCACGUCACCACCACGGUGGAGAUGCACGAGCCGCCCGUCAUUUUCACUGAUGCUCGACGACUGAGCAGGGCUAGCAAAGCUAGUAGCGCGAGAGCGAGGCCCAAUGAUUUGGCAGUGUAGUGGCUCUCCACUGCAAAGCGCAGGUUUUUGUGGACAAAAACACAAAAAAUACACCAAAAAACAAAGAGGAAGAAAGAGGCAGAUUGCUGGAAUAAGAAAAAAAAAAAACGUUAAUUCCAUUCAUUAUUUAAUCCAUUUUACAAUGUAAAAUUACAAAGAGUUUAGUCAUCUCUUAUGGCUUCUGAAUGCUGGUUAGUUUUAUGCAGUAGCUGAAUGGAGCAGCACAUCUAAUGCAGAUUAUGUUACAACAGUAUCUCAAUGAUUUAUUAAAUAAAUGUCACUUAAAUUAGUCUUAUGACAAGGCCUUAAUGUAAAAAUUUCCAUUCAGUCUGUUCAAUUUA